AUGUCGAACUUAUCGGAAUCGACGAACUCUUCAAUGUCACUUUGCGCUGCCGCUCGAAUCUGUAAGUGUGGUGUUUCUCCAAAGUUGAAUACUUCUUGGACCCAAUUAAACCCAGGUCAUAGGUUUUUUGCUUGCAAAAUCGGAAAGAAAAAGGGUGGAUGUAAUUAUUUCUGUUGGUAUGACGAUGAGAUGCCUACUCAAGCGAAGAAUGUAAUUUGGGGUUUGUUAAAGAGAGUCAAAGCUUUUGAAGAGGAGAAAGUUCGAGCAAAGAGAAGACGGAUCGUUUUGACGAUUGUUGUUGCAUUAUUGGUCGUUUUGUGGAAACUGUAUGACUGA